AUGUCUUCCCCAACCUCACAGUUGUCAACGUUGAAAAGCCACCUUGUUUCUUAUGUGACCUCUGAAGGCACUUUCAUUGAUGUGCGGACCAUCAGCCACUUCUGCUAUGAGGAUGACCUGCUCACUGUGUUGGCUGUCUUCCCUGAGGUACAGCGGGACAGUCAGACAGGCACGGCCAACCCUUUCAGGGGUCCAUUCAUCAACUCCCUGAAACACCGGCUGCUGGUUUACCUAUGGCGCCGGGCGGAACAGGAUGGCAGCGCAAUGGCCAAGAGGCGUUUCUCUCAAUGCUUUGACCAGCUGCGGCAGCUGCGCAUGUGGAAGAUGCAGCUUCUGGACGAAAACCAUCUCUUCAUCAAGUACACCAGUGAGGGUGUGGUCACGCUGCGGGUCACAGAUCCAUCUCAGGCUUCUUUCUUUGUGGUGUACAAUAUGGUGACAACUGAGGUGAUCGCUGUGUUUGACAAUACAUCGGAUGAGCAUUUGGAGCUCUUUGAGAACUUCUGCGACCUGUUCCGCAACGCUACUCUGCACAGGGAAGCCCAGUUUCCAUGCUCAGCCUCUAACAACAACUUUGCAAGGCAGAUCCAGCACUGGUUCAAAGACACGAUUAUAAAUGCCAAGUAUGGCGGGCACACGGAGUCAGUGCACCAACUGCUGGCUCAGCUCCCCAUCAAUGCCCAGUCUUACAGCGGCAGCCCCUACCUGGACUUGUCCCUCUUCAGCUAUGAUGACAAGUGGGUGUCAGUCAUGGAGUGACCCAAGACCUGUGGAGACCACCCUAUCAGGUUCUAUGCCUGGGACUCUGGGCCGCUCAAGUUUGAGAUCCAGGCCGGCUUGCUGGGCUGCCCCAUCAACCACACAGUGCAGCGCCUAGUUGCCUUCACCUUUCAUCCUUUUGAGCCUUUUGCCAUUUCUGUACAGAGGACUAACGCACAGUGUGUUAGUCACUUCCACAUGAGACACUGCUGCAGUUCUUGUUAUCUCCAAGACCUGAGCAGGAAACAGAGACGGCGAAAAACCAUCCUGGACACUCAGGACACGCUCCUCAGCGCGGGAGCGGCCGACCAAGAGCUCACGCACCAUGAAGCCAAAGGUCGGGGCCGCCGUGUGACGGAGCGGCCCGUGGGGGCCGCAGAGCCGGAGGUCCCCGGCGAGCCCGCGAGCGCACGCGGUGGCGCGGAGGAGCGGCUGCCCGACGGCCUGCGGGAGUCACUGUUAGGGCGGCCGGUCGCUCCAGGGAUCGCGGGGCCGACGCUGCCUGCAGGCCUGCUGCCUCGGGCCCCGCCGCGUCCCGGCCCGGCCUGCUCGCGGCGCCCCGGCCUUUGGGUCCACGUGGCCAGAGCUCCCCGCCGCCGGCCGCGUGGCCUAAUGGAUAAGGCGUCUGAUUCCGGAUCAGAAGAUUGA